AUGACACUGAAAACUAUCUACAUUGCCCGUCACGGAUACCGUUCAAACUGGCUGCCGCUUCCGGAACAGAUCCCCCCACCAACAGGUAUCGACAGCGAUCCACCACUUGCACCACACGGUGUCAAACAGGCGCAGGAACUUGCUGGGUUUAUCACGAAGGACCUCCCGCAAAAAAAUCUGCCCGUGCCUCAGAUGAUCUUCUCAUCUCCGUUCUACAGAUGUAUCGAAACUAUCAACCCCACUGCUGAAGCGCUACAUCUACCUAUCCAAUUAGAGAGAGGAUUGGGUGAGUGGUUCAAACCGCAUCGGAAGAUCGUUCCGGUUCCUGCAGAUCAUUUGACCCUGCACAAGUUCUUCAAUACCGUUCCGAGCGAAAUGGAUUGGUUGUGGGAUACCGUUAUUCCAAGUUUAGAAGGUGAAACGGAGGAGGAAAUAUUCAAGAGAUGCCAGGUUUUCUGGUCUAAGUUUAUUCCUAAAUUUGAGUCGAUUUACCCUAAUGUGGAAUGUAUCAUUUUGGUGACGCAUGCAGCUACAAAGAUUGCCUUAGGUAUGGCGUUGGCUGGUUAUUCAAACGUCCGGGACUUUUUAACAGAAAAAGACGGAGGUGAUGGAAAGACCACCAGAAUUGGCGGUAGUACGUGUUCACUCGAUGGUUAUGCCAAGUCCAGCAAUGGCGACACUUGGAAUUUGUUUAUGAAUGCAGAAACCAGCUUUUUGAGCUGCGGUGCAGAAAUGGACUGGCAUUUUGCAACUUCUCAAUUCGAAGCUGGCAAAGGAAGCUCUAAAGAUGAGGCCCGUAAAAUUGAUUAUACUAGCAAUAGUAAUCAAAAUAACCAUAAUGAUAACAUUGACAAUAAGGAAAGUGACGAGAAUAGUGAUGGUGAUGGUGAUGGUGAUGAUGAGUACCAAGAUGUUUAUGUCAACCUAGUCUUUCCGGCAUCAUCAACAUCAUAUGAUCUCAACAAUGAUCCACUUCACAUUCAAAAUAGCAAUUCCAAUCAAAGAGGAAAUAUGGCAUCGAAUGAGAUCCAAGAAUCUAUUGACUAUAAAAACGAAGCAGGUGUUUCAACAGCAAUAAAUAAACUCCGUGUAUCUGGUUGGGAGAAGGAGACACCCUUGGUGCAAAAUAAAAACGAUAUUCUACAAGGUGAAUGGACUAGAUUGGUUGGUACAGAGCUUAUAUUUGACGAAAACGGACAGUAUAUUGCAACAGUUGACGAUCACAUCUUACUCCAAUACGGACGUUUACAGGAACAGAAGCUUGAUAAAUCAACCCUUCUAGAAAGAGCACGAAACCUUGCUAAGUAG